CGUGCGCAUGCUCCGCUCAGCUGCCAGGCAUGCUCAAACCCCGAUGGGGCGGAGAAUCUGACACGGCCGGCGGAUCGCGGCUGCCCCAGUCCCCGGCCAGCACCAUGCGGGGGCCAGGCGCCUGCUUCCCCGUCGCGUGCCUGCUGCUCCAGCUCCAGGCGGCAGGGUGCUUUUCAGGAGACAAUGAUCACUUCUUGGCAAUUCAUCAGCGAAAGAGUGGGAAACCGGUAUUUAUUUAUCGCCAUGUCCAAAGUGUCGAGAAAAGUUUGGAUACAAACAGCCAGAAGAUUUAUAAACACAAUUUCCAUUCCUCUUCCUAUGCACAAAUAAGCAAGCUGCACCCUGCGAUAAUUGUUAAGUCAACUUUCCCUAGACCUGCUUAUGACCCAUCCCUCAAUCUAUUAGCUAUGACUGGUCAAGAGCCGGAAGUGGAAAAUCUCCCGAUUCCAGCAAGCAAUGUGAUUGUUGUGGCACUGCAAAUGGAUGUAAACAAGCUGAAUAUCACAUUGCUUCGGAUAUUCCGCCAAGGAGUGGCUGCAGCUUUAGGGCUGUUACCACAGCAAAUUCAUAUCAACCGACUCAUUGGGAAGAAGAACUGCGUUGAGCUGUUUGCGUCUCCAGUAAAUCGAAAACCAGGAAUUUCUGACGCACUUCCAUCCGAAGAGGUGUUGCGUUCGCUUAAUAUCAAUAUUCUGCAUCAAAGUUUAUCCCAGUUUGGAAUUACAGAGGUUUCCCCAGAGAAAAAUGUUUUGCAAGGCCAGCAUGAAGCGGACAAAAUCUGGAGCAAAGAAGGAUUUUAUGCAGUUGUCAUAUUUCUCAGCAUCUUUGUCAUUGUAGCAACAUGUUUAAUGGUCCUGUACAGAUUAAAGGAAAAAAUUCAGUUCUCACUGCGACAAGAUAAGGAGAAAAAACAGGAGAUCCACCUUUCACCCAUUCCCCUGCAGACAACUCGGUCUGAGUGCAAGACAGCAAACAGAAUGGUCCAACCUGAACAGGCUCCUAAAGCUGUUAAUGUCAUAGUGGACCCUCAAGGCCAAUGUGUUCCUGAGAUCAAACCUCCACUCUCUGCCAGUCCAUCGCCUUUCAAAAUGAAACCUGUGGGCCUUCAAGAAAGGCGAGGAUCCAAUGUCUCCCUGACUUUGGACAUGAGCAGUUUGGGAAAUGUCGAACCUUUUGUCACAGUGCCUACCCCACGAGAAAAAGUAGCAAUGGAAUAUCUACAGUCAGCUAGUCGGGUCCUGACAAGACAGCAGCUGCGAGAUACAGUCGCAUGCUCUCAUUUGCUUCAAACAGAGUUCAUGGAAAUACCAAUGAAUUUUGUGGAUCCCAAAGAAAUUGCCAUCCCAAGUCAUGGAACUAAAAACCGUUAUAAAACAAUUUUGCCAAAUCCACUAAGCAGAGUGUGUUUGAAACCAAAGAAUGCAGCUGACUCCUUGAGCACCUACAUAAAUGCUAACUACAUUAGGGGCUACGGUGGUAAGGAGAAGUCCUUCAUUGCAACUCAGGGUCCCAUGAUUAAUACCGUGAAUGAUUUCUGGCAGAUGGUUUGGCAGGAAGAUAGCCCUGUCAUUGUUAUGAUCACAAAGCUGAAAGAAAAAAAUGAGAAAUGUGUGCUCUAUUGGCCAGAAAAGAGAGGGAUCUAUGGGAAAGUUGAAGUCCUCGUUAACAAUGUGCAAGAGUGUGAGAACUAUACUGUCCGCAACCUUACAUUAAAGCAAGGGAGUCAGUCCCAAAAUGUGAAACACUAUUGGUACACAUCCUGGCCGGACCACAAAACCCCAGACAGUGCUCAACCUCUUUUGCAGCUUAUGCUGGACGUGGAAGAGGACAGGAUGGCAUCAGCUGGCAGAGGGCCUGUAAUUGUGCACUGCAGUGCUGGAAUAGGAAGAACUGGGUGUUUUAUUGCUACUGCCAUUGGUUGUCACCAGUUGAAGGAAGACGGCGUUGUAGAUGCACUAAGCAUUGUCUGCCAGCUACGAGUUGAUAGAGGUGGAAUGGUUCAGACCAGUGAACAAUAUGAAUUUGUGCACCAUGCACUGAUUCUGUAUGAAAGCAGACUUUCUGCAGAAGCUGUCCAGUGAAGCUAUGAAGGGUACCCAGAAUGUCUAUCUCUUGAGGUAAUUUGUUUCAUUACCAACCAGCAACUUCUUCAAGGAGUUUACUGCAGUGGAUGCUUUGAAGCCAACUUGUGAAAGGAUUGUGGAUCGUUUGGCAAAAAUAUAAAGCUUGCCAGACCCUUACUGUACAUGAAUGUAUUGUAAGCGUCCCAAAAAUGAUUUUUAAAGAAGGUACUGAUGCUACAUGUGGAGUUCACGUAUAUAUAGCUAAAGGUGGAUUUAUUUCUGUAAUAACAAUAUCUGCUGUACAGAAUGUAUGGGUGUACUGUUGCAGUCAGCUGGAAACUGGAACUUCUGCAGAAGAAAUGUUUUUCUGUGUAUAAAUGCUUUAACAUUUGCCAACUCUGUCUUGUGAAUGGACUGUCAGCUGUUAAACUGGACCUGUUAAGUGCUAUUACAUAUUAUGUGGUGAGCUUAUUUCUUGGCCACAUAAGACUCUUGCUGCUAAAGUUGCAAGUGAUCAAUUAUGGAUUUAAGGGGAAGAAAGUCCUUUUGUUUUUGAACCUGCUCAAAAGCAGUUAUACCUUUUAUAUGGAAAUAUCUGUUCUUCAUACUAUUAGCUAUUUAAUGUGUAUUUACAGUUGGUCCUAUAAAGCAGUUACAGAGCACAACCUCUGUUAUUCCGUGUAUAUGUAUGUAUUUACUCUAUACUGUUGAUUGUACUCUAUACUGUUAGAAGCUGCUUCUGCUCCUGACCUGAAUCCAGUGUAUUUGUAAAUUGUGUAAGUCAGUUUACUUUUAAAAGAAACUUUGUAGAAUAUAUUAAAUGGUAAGGAUUUUAAAUAUUUGUCUGUCUUUUAGUAAGAGGGGAUUUUUUGAAUAUGUUGUCUACAUGUUGUAUCUCUUCUGUUAAGAGAUGGACGCCUUUGGAAAUAUGAAUUGUUCUGUAACAGGAGGUUGUACAGAAAAUGCUGCUAUGAAUGUUUCCAUAUAUUUCUGCACGGAUUUGUUCUUUAAAAGAAAUGUGACUCUAGCAUAACUACUUACAGCACUAGGAAGUCUGCACCCAGGAUAAAAUCAGUUUUUAAUUCAAUGAUGUUGACUUUGCUUCAUACUGACAAUAAAAUACACUUGAUACAAAAUA